AUGAGGUACCGCUUAUGCGGUAAAUCUCCUGCUUCUGCCGCUCAUGCUGGUUUUCCCCAUUUUCGCUUCUGCGAAGAUAUUGCCGCUUCUGUGGCUACGCACCUACGGGACCCAACCGCAGUUCCUGGAAUACUAAGUGAUCCUUUUGUGGUAUCUACAUCAGUCGGAGAACCUAUUAUUACUAGACGGGUUUACCGAGGUUGUACGGUGAUAGCUUGUAGUCAUCAGAAGUCAGCCGACCUAGUUGAGGUAGAGAUAAUGGAUUUUGAUGCUAUCAUGGGCAUGGACUCGUUGACAGCAUUUUGUGCUACAGUUGAUUGCCGAGCAAAGGCAGCUAGAUUUCAUUUUUUGGGUGAGAAUAGCACCUGCCGAAUUGAAGGAGUUAAAGGAGCAGUUAAAAGGUUUAUUGGAGAAAGGUUCCUUCAGGAUGUGUACUGGUGGGACAAUAUGAAGAAGAAUAUUGAUGCAUUUGUCACCCAGUGUCCUAGUUGCCAGCAGGUGAAUGUAGAGCACCAGAAGCCCGAAGGCCUAAUACAGACUAUCGAGAUCCCGAUGCGGAAAUGGGAGGCAAUAAGUAUGGAAUUUUUCAUGGGUUUGCCUUGUUCACAUCUUAAGUUCGCUUCUAUAUGGAUGAUAGUUGAUAGGCUCACAAAAUUAUCCCACUUCAUGCCAGUCGGAUCUACAUAUACAGCCAAAGAUUAUGCGAAGUUAUAUAUUAAGGAGAUAGUACGGCUACACAAAGUACCAAUAUCUAUUAUAUCUGACUGUGGGGCCUAG